ACCAGGUCUUGGCCUUUGAGUGAGUUUGUAAAUGGAAAAGAAACCCAAAUCUUUCAUGUUUAAACCAUUUUGGACAGAUUUAUGAGCUAGAGUGAUGUUUUGUAGUGUAAUAUGCACUUAAUUUUAAAAUUUUAUUUGUCCCCACCUUUUGUACUAUAGUCAAUGUUAGUGCUAAUUAUUGUGAUGUUAUGAGAACUAUGUAAUGUAUUUAAUUAUGAAGUAAUGACUAUCAUUUGCCAUUAGAGUGAAACAUUUUUUUCCUUAGACUUCAUUAGAAGUAAAAGUGAAUGUACUCAAGUAUGGUACUUUGUCUAAUUUUUUCAUGUACUGUGGCGAGGAGAACCACUUCCAAGGAAGCUGACAGCAGUGCAUUUCCUUUCUAACUGUCACUUGGACAUGCUGAUGGCAUGGACAACUUGCCGUUCGCAGUACCACAACAGCAAGGCCAUUUUGGUUAGUGCUACAAGGCUACAUCAGUCAAUCAUCCAGACUGUUGCCCCUGCAACUACUGAAAAGGCUGCUGCCCCUCUUCAGGAACCACAUGUUUGUCUGGCCUCUCAACAGAUACCCCUCCGUUGUGGUUGCACCUACAGUACGGCUAUCUGUAUCGUUGAGGCAUGCAAGCCUCCCCACCAUCGGCAAGGUCCAUGGUUCAUGGGGGGGUUCAUCCCUGGCGUCAUUACUACCCAUUGCACUCGAAUUUUCAGCGAAGAGAACCCCGACCAUCAGCGUCCGUUGAUGAGGAGGCAGCUGCGUGAGCACCAGUGGUCAUGGUCACUUGCUACCUGGGAGCUCAACCUCAUGGAUGGAGCCAUAUGAUGAGCAACUGUUGUGUCACCUGCUUGAGUUUAUCUGUGGAUUGGGCAUGCAGUGAGAUAGAUGGAAAAUUUAUUCCUGACUACUUCUGGUUUUCAGAUGGCAGAGUGU